AUGGAAUCGCGCGUCAAGGCCGCCGAGGCGCCGUCGCCUGAACUCAAAGUGCCGUCGCCGGUCAAGCCUGCUUCACCUAUCAAGCCUGCUUUACCGGUGCAACGAGCGUCGUCGCCGGUAGCCAUCGCCGCGCCUGCGUCGCCAAUCGCGGUAAAACCUUCGCUGACGCCACCGUCGCCCGUCGCUGCGCGAACCGCUUCCAUGGCCGCUCGGGUAUCGGAGGCUGUCUCCGAGCCGUCGCCGGUGGCCGCCGCAUCACCACCCCGGGCCACCGUCGACUCGUUCGUGGACGAGACACCCAUGGCCUCGCCCGAGCGGCCGCCGCCCGUGCACCACUCGCCAGGCAAGGUGCGCUCCAAGGAGCGCAAGCGCAAAUGCCAACUGGUGCUCGGCGUCCGGCUCUUGCUCUUCUCGGCGCCGCUCUUCUUCGCGCAGCUCUUCUUCGCGCAGCUCUUCUCGGCGCAGCUCUUCUCGGCGCAGCGCGUCUCGGCGCAACUCUUCUCGGCGGAGCGCGUCUUGACGCAGCUCAAAGUCGCGUUCUUGCACCUUGUUGUCGUCGCCGCGCUUCUGGCC